UUAGUGGGUCUGGCCAUUAACUCAUUGUUGGUAGUACACAGUGAAGGCUAAGUGAUUAUGGUAUUCAACUCAUGAUCAUAAGGUGAUGAGUUCGGUACCUGGUGGCACAUGGUGUCUUUGAGCAAGACACCUUAUUUCAUGUUGCUCCUGUUCACUCAGCCAGCAAAAAUGAGUUGUAUCUGUACUUCAAAGGGCCAGCCUUGUUACAUUCAGUGUAUCACACUGAAUUUUCCUGAGAAUGUAUAGGUACGUGUGUCUGUGGAGUGCUCAGCCAUCUUCAUGUUUCAUUGAUUAGAUCAGCUGGAACUCAUGUUGUUGUAACUGAUGGAAUGUCAGUGCCAGUGGUAAUAGACAAUAUUAAUAGGCUGCAUGUGAAGGUGAGAACCACUACACUAAUACAUGUCCAGUUCUUUUGAGAAAAGAACAACUGAUAGAAAGCUGUGCAGUGUUGUAUGACACAAGAAUCUCUUAAAGAAUUUUUGCCAUUAAUUGAACAAUGAUUAUUGGACCCAAAGACUAUUGUAAAUUUAAAGUAAAGACUUUUUAUGGACACACUGAUGAGGUGAAUUGCGUUGCUUUCUCCCCAGACUUUAAACUCAUAGUAACUGGAUCUGAUGAUAAAAUUGUCAGAAUAUUCAACACAACAACCUGUGAAUUACUCUACGAGGUAGAAGGACACCAAGGUGCAAUUCGAUGUGUGGCGGUGUCACCAGACAAUAAAUUUAUAGCCAGUGGAUCGUAUGAUAAAGCCAUUCAAUUAUGGAGAAUAAGUGAUGCAAAUUUUUAUAACAAACUUUUAGGCCAUACCAAAAGUGUUGAAGUGGUGAUAUUUUCUCCAGAUUCAAAUCUGCUAUGUUCUGGUUCAUGGGACAGAUUAGCAAUUGUUUGGAAUUUAGAGUUAUGCCAAGCAAUAAUUCUGUUAACUGGACACAAUGGACUGGUACAAUCAGCUGCAUUUUCAGCCACAACAAAAUGGAUAGCAACUGGAUCUUGGGAUUUUUGCAUUCGAAUUUGGAAUUUGGAUGAAGAAUCUUCUAAAGAGAAUGCAUCUAAUAUGAACCAAUUGUCAAAAUCUGAUUUGAAGAAAAAGAAGAAUCUGAAAGCUGAUGUAUUCCCAUUAAAACCCAAACCAAAUCAUCUUCUUCAGAAGCACAAAGGAAAUGUUCAUACUGUGGCAUUCUCUGGAAAUGAUGUACUGGCAAGUGGUUCCUGGGACAAAACAGUAUGCUUGUGGGAUCCUCUGAAGGGUCAGCUACUACACUGUCUUCAAGGACAUGAUGGCUGGGUACAAGUUGUAGCAUUUUCUCAUGAUAAUCUCUAUGUGGCAAGUGCAUGUGAAGAUGACACCAUACGAAUUUGGGUUGUUGAAAAUGGGAAAUGCUGCAAGGUUCUUGCGGCUAAAACAGAAACAGUACAGCUGUGUGUUUUCACUCCACAUGGUACUCUUUUAACAUCAGGAACUAACAGUGCAACAGGUUCCUUCCACACACAUUAAAGCAAAAUAAAAUUGUACAAAACAUAAAAUUACUUGUUCCUUAUUGUUUCAGUCCACCACUCACACCCAACAAAAAUCUCAAACUACAGGAAAAUUCCCCUCUAGAUCAAUCG